AUGCGUACCUCGCUCGUUGCUGUUGCGGCCUUUGGCGUCGCCACCGCCAGUGCUACUUUCGUCUAUCCCGAAAAUGUUCCCCUCCAUCGCCGGCAAGCCCCGGGGACCCCCCAAUACGACUGUCAUGCCAACUGCGGCGGCGUGAUCGUGGACGGUCGUACAGAAGGUUACUGUGACACCGCAGACUUUACUACGAAACUCGAUGCCUGUCUUGAUUGCGCUUUGGUGUACGACAUCUGGCAAUACUACGGCAACAGUGUUUCAAGUGCCGCAGAGGAGUGUGGAGUUGAUGCCACCCCUCGCGCGGCCGCUACAACAGACAGUGCUGUGUCCACCUCUGCCCCGGCAGUCGAGACUUCGUCGGCGGCUGCUCCAGCGACCUCAACCGCUGCUGCAACUGAAGUGGCCGCUACAACCACUGCAGCAACUUCUUCUGUGGAAGAGACAGGAAGUGAGACUAGCUCCGCUGCUCCCACCGUUGCGACAUUUGAAGGUGCUGGAACCAAGCUUGUUCUGACCGGACUGCUGGCCAUAGUCCCCUUCGCAGCCAUGGCCGCAGGGCUAGCCUGA